AUGAGGGCCACUUCGAUUCUUUCGUUGCUAUCAUGCCUCGCCUACUUACCCUUCGCCUCGGCAUGGAUAUACACCUGGCACUCUCCAAAUGAUACGCUACUUUCCUUCCAAGGAGAGGAGCCUCUGAGUUGCAAGUCAAUGGACAACCCCAAGGACAAUGUUUUCAACUGGGAGCCCCAAGAUGGACACUGGUGUAUUUUUAUGUACUCGAAUUCAAAUUGCGAUAACGAAAACGUUGGUCAUACAUGCAAAGACUACGAAUGGUCAAAUCAUGUCUCAAAACAACACAUUCUAUCAUUCAAAGUGACAAAUAAUACUGCUGCAUUCUUCACGACAACGACAUCGUCGGAACCAGCGACCAAGACUGCCUCGGAAUCAUCUACAGCAACCAAUGCCACCUCCACCACACCAUCUGCCCCCACCACACCAUCUGCCUCCACAGCCACUACUACCAGCGAGCCAACAGACUCGGAUAGCAAGGCUAGUCUAUCGAGUGGUGCGAUUGCAGGAAUAGUGGUGGGAGCUCUAGCUGCAUUGGCUAUUGCCGGCAUUCUCAUUUUCUUCUUAUGCUGGCGACGACGAAAGAACGAUGCCCAGAAACACGACAAUACCAGAACAGAAUCAGCAUCUGGCAUGGUAGAGCUUUCUAGUUCUCAUCACGAUGAAAAAAAUUCAUCCAUUUCGGAAAAGCCUCGGUCUCGACAGGAAACCCUACGGGAACUCAACGGCUCGACAGUUGCGUCGGAGAUUGGGACUGAGACAGAGAGACAUGAGCUGUAUACGGAGAGAUAUGAGCUAGACUCGACACUUGUCGAGCAAGAGAAGAAGCCUUGA